AUGCAUAGUCAUUCUCCCACUUCUGAGGACAAGAAGGCUAAGAGGAAGCCUAAGAGAAAUGAAACGUAUUCAGUCUACAUCUACAAAGUACUGAAGCAGGUCCACCCGGACAUCGGCAUCUCCUCUAAGGCCAUGAGCAUCAUGAACUCCUUUGUCAAUGACAUCUUCGAGCGCCUGGCCUCGGAGGCCUCUCGCCUGGCCCACUACAACCAGCGCUCCACCAUCUCCAGCCGGGAGGUGCAGACGGCAGUGAGGCUGCUGCUGCCUGGCGCGCUGGCCAAGCACGCUGUGUCCGAGGGCACCAAGGCCGUCACCAAGUAUACCAGCAGCAAGUGA